ACCUGUGACGGUUCUAUUUGUGUUGUAUUUUGACAAAUACAGUUUCUGUUUGCGAGCGAAUUAUAUAUAUUAUAACGAGAAUUGUGUCAUAAGUAGAAAAGUUAGCGGCCAAGAUGUGGCGAUUGUUAGGAGCCGUUCUUGUUCUUUCUGUUGUCAACAGUCAAGCCCAAUUCGAGGACCAGUUCUUGAGUUGGAGGCGAGAUGUAGGUGCCAAUCGUGGAAGCGUUUGGCCUGGAGGCUACCAAAAUGUUUACCCUCAUAACCAGAGGCAUGUUCCUAAAAAAACACACAAGGAAGAAGAGGCUGUCACUGAAAGGGACCGUGAACCACUUGAGCCUCAUUCAAAUUGGGCAGGUCGCAGAACAGCCGACACGUCCGACAUCGAGCAAAUCGAGACUGUUCCUGAAUUGCCUGAAACCAGUGACGAAGAUAGUCGUCCUGAUGUCGAUUCCAUGGUGCCUUCUCUCCUUGGAGGACUCGGAGGAUUUUCUGUCAACAAUGGACAUAACUUCUUUGCUUCUGCAGGAUUCGAUUUUGCUGAUAAUCCUCUCGGAUUGUUCAGCGGAAUUUUGGGCAGGAGACAGAAAUGGUGGCAGGGAAUGUGUGCGUAGAACGCAAACAAAUUGUGGAUGAAGAAGAAAAAGAAAGUGAUGAAGAAAAUGAAGAAACUGUCAGACAAAUGCAUCAUGGUUCUGGAAUCAUCGUUUUCAAUGGAGAUGCCAGUUUCGAAUCUUGCAGCGAAACUAACAAUAUGUACACCUGCACCAAGAGGAAGCAUUCGAACGGCAAAAGCAGCGCCUUCACGGUAACCUACAAAUGCUGCCACGGCUACCGGCGCAACCCGUCGGCGAUAUCGUCGUCGUCGUCGUCGGCGGCGGUGAAAGGCGGCAAAGUCGCUCUGUGCGAGAAAGUCGACAUGAAACCGGUCAUGGAGAUCGUCGAGAAGGAUCUCGGCGCGGCAGAAUUCGCCACUCUGGUCAGGGAGGCCGAUCUCGAGGACAGGGUCGACCAGGAGAACAUCACCCUGUUCGUGCCGAGCGACGAGGCCAUGCGCGAUUACGAGAAGAUGACACAGAAUAACCAAGUUGACUUCGAUGUUCGCCUUCUACCAGAACCUAAUGCCCAGCGUAGAAAACGCCAAAUCGACAACGUGCCACCAAAAGCGCUAGUUCUAGGUCACAUCAUUCCUAACUUGUACGACUUGAAUGAGCUCACCAAUGAACAAAUCUUGGAAAGUGACAACGAAAACAACACGAUUCGUAUCAACAUCUACCCUCGUCCACCGGCAUCCAACUCUGACGAAGAGGAAAUCUCAGGCGAAUCCCAAGACGAUUCCCUUUUAACCCAACGUGUGGUCACUGCCAAUUGUGCUCCAAUCACCAAAGGAAAUCUUCUCACCACCAAGGAAGGACUUGUACAUGGCCUUGAUGGUAUCUUGAUGCCAGCUUCGGAGAAUAUUUUCCAAUUGCUAGAACAACAUGGCGAGUUCACCAUUUUCGCAAUGGCUUUACGCAAAACUGGUCUGCACGAGGCCCUUAUGUCCGAUGUUGAUCAGGAUGGUGAUGCAAGUUCCUUCACUGUUUUUGCACCAACUGAUAGAGCCUUUGAAAGCCUUGAUGCCGGUAUCAGGAUGAAAAUCGUCAAUGGAGACUCUUGCACAAUGAAUAUCCUCAAGAACCACAUCCUGCCCCAUACUCUCUGCUCCGCAGCGGUGCCGAGGUCCGGGCAAGUCGUAAGCACCCACAAUAUGGCUAAGGAUGUUAUGACUUUGAAGUCGACAAGUAUGGAACCCGAAGGCAAUACUGUCCAACGCAAAAAUCGCGAUUCUGCAAGAGUAAUUCGUGUCAACGAUGAUGCAGCUAUCGAGAAAUCUGAUAUCGUCGCCAAAAACGGAGUUAUUCAUGUUUUGGAUAAAGUUAUGGUCCCUGAAUCAGCUCGUUCCAUCGACAACCAGCUAGAAAAGCAAAAUUUCACCCGUUUCUUGGAGCUGAUUGAAUCAGCAGGCAUGCGCGAUUUCUUUGCUGGUUUAAAUAAUGCAACAGUCUUUGCCGUGGCUGAUAGUGCCUUGGAAAGCGAAGACUUCAAAUCUACCUUCGACGAAAUGUUGAAAGAUAAAGAAAAGGCUGCAGAAUUCUUACGUUAUCACGUCGUCACCAGAAAAAUGCCAUCUUGCGAUAUGAAGGACGAGGAGGAUUUGCCCACGGCCAGCAAGAAUGGAGACAAAUUAAGGAUUAACUUGUACAGCACGUUGCCAAUGUUCAGACACACCUACAACCGUGCUACAGCAAACUGCGCCCGAAUUCUUCGUCACGAUUUGAAAUCUUGCGAAGGAACCGUUCACGAGGUCGACCGUCCUUUAUCUCCACCAAAUCAGACUAUUUGGGAGGCAAUCAACUCCGAUCCCCAAUACAGUAUUUUGGCAAAAAUUGCCACCGGCACAGAAUUAGAACAGAUUUUCAAAGACGCCAAUGACAGUAUUACACUUUUGGCUCCCAAUGAUGAAGUCUUUGAAUCAUUGACUGAAGAAGAUCUUAAUGUAUUGUUGGAGGAUAAAGAAGCCGCCAGUGAGACAUUGAAAAUGCAUGUACUUCCAGAGAUUUUAUGCUGCACCGGAAUUGGCCAUAACGUAUGGCCAUUCUUGGAAUCUGUCCGAUCUUUGACAAGGCCAUUAAAUAUCAAUCGUGAUCCAAAUACCGAUGAAGUGUAUAUUGGAACCACAACUGUCGCCCAAUGUGAUGUAAUGAAUAUUAAUGGAGUCAUACAUAGAGUCGAUAAGGUAAUGUUACCUCAACGACCUAAAGUAAGAAUGCCUUUCUUCCGUCAAUUCAUGUUUUACUAAGUACUGAUUAAGCGUGAAUAUAUAUUUUCAUAUACCAAAUAAAGCCAUUAGUUUGUAAUUUUCGAUAUAUUGUAAAAUGAAAUGAUUGAAAUAUUUCAUUACGUACGCUAA